AGUAUCAAUAUUUUGUUCUUCUUUCUCCCUACGACGCGUUGUUUUGCUGAAUACGUUCGCUGUGUCAAAUGAAAUGACAAACAUAACGAAACCAUUAUCUUCCAAUCGCAAGCGUAAUGCUGAAGAGCUCAAUGACACGUCGCCGUCUUCUGGUCCCGGCGACUCGGAGAGUGUGCGGAAGAGAGUGAGAUGGGAUGGCGAGGACCAGGAGGUAUCUGAUAACGAGAACGGUGACGAUGAUGAAACAGAAUCACAAGAUGAUGAGUGCACGGAGAAGAUCUGCUUGGCUAUGUCAUGCCAAUUCGGGAGAGUUGGUUGCGCAUAUUAUGACCCACAGGUUUGCAAAAUGUAUAUAUUCGAAGAUAGUCAAGAGAAUGCACAUUAUGACCUUACAUCUAUGCUGCUUGACCAAGUUGAACCGGAUGUUGUUCUGACCAGUUCCAAGGCUGAAGAUAUGUUCAUUGAUGUUCUGCGGGCACAUGUGGAUAGCUCCGGAAGUGUUUUUCAACUGAGACCCCACAAGGAUUUUCUUCCGAAUAAGGGCCGCGACCGUAUUCUUUCUCUACGAUUGCUGUCGGAACUAGUCAAUUACGGCGCCGAGGAAAACACGACCUCUGAUCGUAGCUCUGACUCCGAACCACGAAACGCUUACGAUUUUAUGAGACGACGCAAAGAAGGCAAAGGAGACCCUACGGGACAGCGAUGGAACGCAUCUGUUCGAUUGGCCAACUACGCUUCUCUAGAAUGUGCUCCAUUAUGCCUGGGUUCCAUUGGUGCUCUUUUGGAUCACAUUGCUCGUAUGCGAGCCGUCGCAGACCUCGACGACGAAGGAAUAGGCGGACUCGAGAUCCGCGCCAUAGAAUACCUUCCCCUGAAACAAGUCAUGCAAAUCAAUGCGGACGCUCUUCAAUCUCUUCAGAUAUUUGAAACGGAGAACCAUGCAUCUGUUAAUUCCGACAAUACCAAGGAGGGCCUUUCUCUUUUCGGUAUUCUCAACAACACAAAGACAUCUUUGGGACGGUUGUUGAUGCGAGAGUGGUUACUUCGCCCAUCGCUCUCCAUUCCUGUUAUUACUGCGCGACAUGACGCUGUAGCAUGUUUUAUGCACCCUGACAACCUGACAUUGGCCACUACCAUGCAUAAUCACCUGCAGGGCAUCAAGAACAUCCCGAAGACCAUGAAGGCCCUGAAAGUGGGGAAGGCCAAGCUCUCAGAUUGGCAGAGUGUCGUGAAGUUCGCCUUUCAUUCCGUCAUGCUCAAUAAUUCUCUUCCCGAGUUAAGUCGUUCCGGGGACAUUGAUAUCCUUCGAAAGCUUUCCCAUGUACUCGAAGUGGCUAGCUUCAAGGAUAUUGGUACGGCAGUGAAUGAAAUGAUUGACUGGGACGAAUCUGCUCUUUGGGGAAGAGUCUGUGUUCGCCCUCAUAUCGACGAAGCUCUUGAUGCACAGAAGCACGUUUAUGCAGGUCUUGAUAGCAUACUGUCAACCGUUGCUCAUAGGAUAUCUCCUACCGUGCCAUCUGAUUAUGCAAGGUCGGUGAAUGUGGUAUAUUUCCCACAGUUGGGUUUUCUUGUAUCUGUCCCUAUGCGCGAUGAAUGGAACGAACACGGAGUGGUGGAAUUGGAAGGAUGGACUUUUCAGUUCUCAUCAGAAGAAAAUGCAUACUUCAAGAACAAAGAGAUGCGUGAUCUUGACAAACACAUUGGCGACGUUCAACCAGCAAUCGCAGACCGAGAGAUCGAAAUCGUGUACGACCUGCAAAUGAAAGUGCUCGAAUACGAGAAAGCUAUCAGCGCAGCAUGUGAUGUCUGUGCGGAACUUGACUGUCUGCUUUCAUUUGCAGAUGCUUCUCGAGCGUAUAAUUUCAAUCGUCCAGAAAUGUCAGAAGACAAUGUUAUUGAUAUCAAAGGCGGAAGACAUCCCCUGCAGGAACUCGUCGUCGACACUUUCGUACCCAACGAUGCAUAUCUCGUUGGCGGUGAUUUUGAUGGAUUAAUAGACCCUCAGGAAGGUGAAGAUUCUGAGAAUGAGAGUAUCAGUCCACGCGAUAACCACAGCAUACUGGUCUGUACCGGUGCAAACGCUUGUGGCAAGGCGAAGUGUGUACCUCAAGCAGGUGUGUGCGGGCCCAUGGAACGAUUAAACGGAGGUGAUAAACAUAUUGGAUGCUUUGUCCCCGCCGAACGUGCUACCCUGGGUAUCGUUGACAAAAUCUUCACUAGGAUUCAAACAAGGGAAUCUGUCUCUAAAGUGCAAUCUGCUUUCAUGAUUGAUCUGAACCAAGUCUCUCUCGCUCUGCGCAACUGUACUUCAAGAUCUUUGAUUCUUCUAGACGAGUUCGGCAAAGGGACCUUGGCUACAGAUGGGGCUGGAUUGUUCUGCGGUAUACUGCAACAUUUCGUGGGCCGAGGAAACGAUUGCCCCAAAGUCAUAGCUGCCACACACUUUCAUGAUAUCUUCAGACAAGACAUCUUGGAUCCCGACUCGCUUCCUGUCACAUUUGUACAUAUGCAAGUGCUGUUCACCACCAGCAAAGGCGAGCUUCUCGGCGCAAGUGAUACUGGAACUCUGUCUGCUUUUGAAGAGGAUACCACUGCCGACCAUACUGAAGCAGAGGGCGGAAGCAUGAUCAGACCUGGCGAAGGCAUUACCUAUUUGUAUCGGGUGGAAAAGGGUCUCUGGCUAAACUCGCACGCUGCUAUGUGUGCUGAAAUCUUUGGACUGCCUCGGAGUGUCGUGCAAAGAGCACGAUAUGUGAGUUUCUUGCUGUCCACACGCGAGCUGGGACAGUUGUUGGAUGAAGACAUGAACGAAGGUGAACGUACCGAGCUCGCACAGGCAGAAGAGGUCUGCAAGAGGUUCCUUGCAUGGGACCUUCAGACGGAGAUGGAGGGCGAGGAGGACGUGAAUGAGAAGCUGGCGGCGGUGUUGGGAAGGGCUCCCGACGAGUGAAAGAAAUGUGGCUCGCGUGUUGUGUAGAUAUACUGCGCUGUAUGAUUGUAGCCGUUUGCAAUGCAGCGAAAACGAGGAGAUUGGAGCAG